AGGCCCAGCACACAGGGGAAAGGACAGCAGAGCUCCUGCAAGGACUGCAGGGCUUGUGAGCGUUUCUGGAGAGAAAGUUCUCCUCACAGAGAGAGGGACACAGCAGACCGCAGGCACCAUGGAGCCCCCAUCAGGCUCUGCAAGCAGGUGGCAUGUGCCCUGGAGCAGGCUCCUGCUGGCAGUCUCACUCUCAACUUUCUGGACCCCGCCCACCACUGCCCAGCUCGCUGUUAAAACGUUGCCCCUCCUUGCUGCAGAAGGGUCGCAUGUUCUACUUGCCCACAACAUAUCAGAAAAUCCUCUAGGCUAUGCCUGGUACAGAGGAGAGAGUGUAGACAACACCCAGCUAAUUGCAUCAUAUAGGGUAGCCACUAAUGCAACUACCAAUGGGGCUGUGUACAGCAGACGGGAGACACUUUACCCCAACGGAACCCUGCUGAUCCAGAACGUCACCCAGAAAGACACAGGAUCCUACACCCUGCUCGUUACAAAGAAGGAUUUACAGACAGAAAGACUAACUGGACAUCUCUGCAUAUACACGCUGUUGCCUACACCCGUCAUCACCAGCAACAACUCCAACCCCAGGCAGCACGAGGACACUGUGGUGUUAACGUGUAGGUUUGAGACUUGCGACGUCUUCUACAUGUGUUCAGUCAACAAUCAGAGCCUCCCCAACAGCAUGGAGCUGGAACUGUGCAAGGGAAACAGGACUCUCACUGUGUUCAAUGUGAAAAGGCAUGACACAGGACCCUGUGUGCGUGAAGCUGGGGAUCCAGAGAAUGUCACCCAUGAUGACCCAUCCACCCAGAAUGGCCUCAGCGGAGAAAACAGCCCAGCCCUCAAUAGGGAGAUCGUUAUCGUCAUCAUGAUUGGGAUCCUGGUUAGGCUGGCACUGGUGACCAUUGUGGGGUGCUUUGUUUUCCUCAAGAUGACUAGAAGGGCCAGUGGCCAGAAUGACCUCAGAGAGCACCGGCCUCCAGCAACCACCCUGGGACAUGGUCCCUCUGGCAGCUCUGUCUCCCCGGCCUCCCUACCCAGCCCCAAGCCAGCUGUUCCCAUCUAUGAGGAAUUACUCUAUCCCAACACAGAUAUCUACUGCCAGAUCAACCCCAAAGUAGAUGUGGUUUCUUAGUUUGCUCCAGGAACUUCCCCUUAAUGGGUGUGAAGAGCCCACCUGAGACCCCAGAGUCUGAGUGAGGUCAGACACCCAAAGCAGAGAAACAGCUGUGACCCCUGAAGAUACUGGGGGGCCUGGGCUCAGCCUUAGUGUCCCUUCUGGCCUUCUGGAGGCCCUGACAAGGCUGCCCUGAGCCCUGGAUGGAUGAAGACAAGGACUUCCAUUCCCCAAGGAACUGAGGGCUUCCAAGGAAAGUGGCUGGGCCUGUGACCCACUGUGGACCACCUGAGAGGUCUGAAUAAAGAGGACUUUCCUCUCGUU